GACUCGGACUCGGACUCAGACUCAGACUCAGACUCAAGCUCGAGCUAAGACUCGAUCUUGGUUUGAGAUUCUGGCAGAGAAGACUAGUGGUGGCGACAACUUACUUAAGCUAUCGAAGACGCUCCUAGUCACAAAUUUCAGUGCAGCCAUAGCUAUGGUGAUUUUCAGAUCAGAGGGAUCGCCGUUGCAGUUUGCUUUGAAUUCAAAGCCACCACAUGCAAAAUCAUUUGGUAUUCUUGUUGCUUGUAUUGCAAUUGGCUUCACUUGUAAUAUGAAUGUGAUCUUAUUGCAAAACGAAUCGCCAAUCGCUGCAAGCUUAGGGGGGUAUGCUGGCGCGUUGUCGUCCGUCAUUGGGUUCUUGACCAUGAUACAAAUGAUUCUACCUCAUACCCUGUUGUGGAUUGUUUGGCCUGCUGGUGUUUCUAUUGUCCUAUCGUUUCUCUAUCUCCUUACAAAGAACAGGGUUGAUACAGAAGAUGAGAACGUUAUGUUCUAUUGGGGGGGAGAGAGUGUGUCUGAUCACGAAGGUGCGUCUUACAAGGGCAAUGUGAAGGAGUUCUGUAACGUGAAAAAGGGGACAACAUUGCUCGAGUUGGAGGCGAUGAUCAAGCCCAAGGUGGCCCCGAAUGGAGAAAACGUGCAACUGAAGUUCAAAGGUAGGAUCCCAUAUCGGCAGUCCCCCGAAGUGAAGUAUGAGUUGGUACCAAUCGACAACGAUAAGACUUUGAAUUUGGUCUUGAAUGAACCGAAAAGAUCAUCGUCAAAAUAUCUAUUGCAAUUUUAUGUGUACUGUAAGGAGUGAACUCAAGAAUAUUUUCCAACCAUACAAAUUAUUUGUAUAGAUAAAUCCACACAUGUUAAAUACAAUAUGAGACUUUGCCUAAAAAGAUACAUAUAACACAUGAGUGGAUUUAUCUUUACAAAUAAUUUAUAUUAAUUGUUUGUUUUUUCUUCUAUUGGUUGGAACAAAAUGCAAAAACUUCAAAUAUUCACUAAUAUUAUUUUUGUUCUACUUC